AUGCCCAGGAGCGGAUGGGAGAUUCGAGAGUACAAGACGAGGUACAAAGUGCUGAAGAAGCUCAAGGGAGGGGCGAUGGCGGUGGUCUACCUCGCUCAAGACUGCACGUGCGGAGCCUUCUACAGGGAAGUAAUCCUCAAGGUCCUCCUGGGAGGGGCCACCUGCGAGCAGCGGCAGCGAUUCAUCCGCGAGGUCUUGCUGGUGUCAAAGGUGAAGCAUCCCAACGUCGUCGACUACUUCGAUGCUGCCGAGCAAGUCGACGGAACGCUCUUCAUUGCCAUGGAGGUCAUCCAUGGAAGCGACCUGCAGCAGCUCAUCGACAAGCACAAGCAGCUGGAGCAUGACUUCACCGUCCUCACGGCCAUCGGGGUCCUACAGGCCCUGCAAGCUUGUCAUGCCCAAGGCAUCGUCCAUCGCGACCUGAAGCCAGCCAACAUCAUGAUCGCAAAGUGA